AUGGAACCGCCGGCAAAGCGCCGCCGCAUGAGCCAGUGGCUGCUGGACAAAGAAAAUGCCGACGAAGACGAUGAGCUCGCCUCUCAACCUUUCGAGGUCGAGGCGAAGCGAGAUCCAGAUUACAAGCUUUCCGUCGAACGAGCUUACGCAGACCAGCGAUUCCAGAUUACCAUGGCGCAUAUCUUCGAAAAGUAUGGCCGUGACUUCGACGGCAUUGGCGACGAGAUCGAUCUUGUGACAGGUGAGAUUGUCGUCAACAAUGGCCAUAUUCGCAAUAUGCGCGACGAAGGAGACGUUGGAGAUGGUCUGGCAGGCGAUCUCGCGGACGGGGAGGAUGACGAAGACGAAGGAAUUCUGUUGGAGGACCUUUUUGAUGACGAGGAGGAAGAUGGAGACGACGUUAGGGGACAAGAAAAGAGCCAGGGUGGUUUUGGAGCGAAAUCACAGAAUAUCAACGAUAUGGAUGACGACGAGGAAGAUCGGAUAAUACAAGGCCGCGAGGCGUCUCGCGACUCACAUUCUACAGCCCUUGUGCUGGGAUCAUCGUCAAGAAACGCACUGGACGUUUCUAGAGCAGUCGCACGCAGCUCGCUAUAUGCGGCGCAAGGUUUUGCGUCUCCCACGGAGCUACCCUUUGCUUCCUCUCCAUUCUCGUUUGACCGAUCACCAUUUGCCACGGAACCUUGGGGCUUCCCUGGCCAGUUCGCUGAUCCAUUAUGGGACCAACCCGAAUUAUUUGCAGUCCAUCAGCCACAAAAGCAACAAUUACCGAUCAAACCUAGCCGAUAUAAUUUCCCUUCGCAGAGUGGCGAAAGCUCAAUCUGGGCGCCUAAUUCGAAAUUUCGAGACAAUGAAGAUGAGCCCCUUCAAUCUGCAUUCACAAACACCUUUGGGAAGCACUUGCUCACAAGGAGGAAGAAAAUUAUCAGACAUCCAUUGCUGCUGCCGCCUACGAAGCCUGUGGAUGAUGAGAGCAGGAGAGGAGAGGAGGAAGAGGAGGAAGAUGAAGAUGUGAUUCUGACCGGGAAAAGAUAUAAAGAGAAGCAAACUACCGAUGACACCUCAGCAGAGCCUGCUAGGCAGAGCAGUAAUUUGCAACCAUCCAAGAGCUUAGCGAGGAAAGAGGUUGAAGAAAGGGGAGGGGAAGGAACUUCGAGUGACAGCGGCUACAAGUCCGUGGGAAGCGCUCGGAGAAGCAGGAAGAGAAAACAGAGGUCAGGCGAAGACUUGACCAGGAAUGAGGCUUCAGCUACACCCUCUGAGAGUUUAAAGAGGGCCUCUAAUCCACAGCCCAACAAGCUUUCACACAAAAUCAAAGAGCCAGACCAAAAGGCAUCGCUUAUUGAACUACCUGACGAGACCGAUGGACGAAGGCGCUCUGGACGGACGAGGAAACAGGUUGAAUUCCUGAACAAGAUUUCUUGGGCUGAAGCAUUGGCAGAGCGAAGUGCCGAAAAACACGACUUAUAUCACGAACGUGGAGAAACUGAGGGGCCUGGAUCGGUCCCAGAAUUUGAAGAGCAUCGUACCUCGUCAGAGCCAGAGACUGAUUGUAUCCCGGACUCGGCUGACGAAGAGGAGGAGGAGGAAGAAGGAGAAGAGAGAGAGGAUGGCGAUUCAAACCGCCAAAUUGAUUUGCCUAAUUCACACGAAAGCGAAGCUCGGCAACCGGAAAUUGCUAAUCAUUCCCGUGCGCAAGUACCAGCUGGGUUUCUCCACAAGCCUGUCGAUUCUGCUUGCCUUCUUUCUGACGACGAAGCCCCUACUUUGUUGUCUAAGACGAGGAAAUCUGCCCCCCGACGUGUAUCAACCAGUACACUUCCCUUGCGGGAAAUUCACGAUGUCGAGGCUAAUUCGAGAGCUGAAGCCAGCUCCUCAGAUGUUGGUAAAGAAAGGUUGUCAGGCUAUUCUCUCAAAAAGCGCAUGAGCACGAAAAAUGCCAUUAUAAACUCGUCUCCCACCGCGCAUAAGGGAGGCAUCGGACGCCUUGACAUUCCAUCCGAAGAAUCUAGCGGCGAGGCACCAUUAUCCUCCUCUCCCACUCACUUUUUGCCUCGAAUCACUCUCGAGGUGUCCCUAGAUGAUACGCCUCAGCUCUUAGAAGCCUCAGCAAAGAAGGCGAGGAAUCAGUCUGCGGUUAUUCCGAACUCGAGCUCAUCUGCUAGUGAAGGCCUGAAGGCCAUAGCCUCUACGCAGAAGAGACGUUGCUCGAAGCAGCCAGUGAAACAUAUCGCUGCUGUCACCGUCAUUGAUGAUAGCUCUUACGAAACAUUCGACGAUCUUUCUCAUACCGAAUCUUCGCCACUUGCCAAGACUUCUCUGCGCGUCGAGCCAGCUCUUCCAUCUCCCCGACGCACUGUCUCGCCUCCCGAGGCAGUAAAUCAGGCACUCUCACAAUCUCCCUUAAAAGGAGCUUCAAACUCUCCGUCGAAAUCCCCUUCAAAAGGAGCUUCAAAUGCUCCGUCGAAGUCCCCCUCGAAGAGCCCUUCAAAACGUGACCCGCAGGUAACCUCCACCACGGAGGUCGAUAGACCCUUGCCAUCGUUGAGCAAUCCGCCCCAGACACCCCGUCGGCAUCGCUCCUUAAAAGUCCCUUCUUCUCGACAUUCCAUCCUAUCUUUGCUGUCUGAUGAUGAAGACGAGGGGAUUGACGAGCUAGGUCGCAACUUGACUGCGGUUCCCAAGUUGCUGAGUUCCGCGGCGCAGACGACUGCACGCAAAGUGUGGAAGUCCAGCACCCUUACUAGAGAGGUAUACCAUACUCCGGUCAAGAAAAGGCCGUCGGAGCCCGUCAGUCCUGGCAGCAUUAUCAAGACGCCUGGUGGCACACUGAGGGCGUGCGGACUGGAUGGAUAUAGAUGUGGACGAGAUUUCUGUUUUACGUGUCUAUAG